AUGAAUCAAUUCAGGACAGUGACCAUUUAUCAUAAGCCAAAUACAUAUUCAAUUGUGAAAACAUAUUCCAAUUUAAAACCAUCUGAUCAAUCAAGAGUACAUUAUUUAUUUUGUGAUAGUAUUCAACCAUGUGAAAUUAUUCUUCAAUUCUCAGUUAUUUAUCAAUGGCCAUUACCUAUUGCUAAACGUUUAACUCCAUCUACUUAUUCACGUGGUAUUACUUGUAUGCCUGAAACAGAUGAAACAUCAACAAUACCAGUAAAUGAACAUAGUAGUACACAUUUCUUACCGAUAACUACGACAUCAGCUUCAUUUAUUAAAGAGAAUAAUUCAAAUUCACAAAAUAAUUCACCUGAUGAUUUACAAUCUACAACUUAUGGUACUAAUCCAUCGGUACAGACAAUAUCAUCUACAUCAUCUAUAUCAAAUCAUCCAUCUACACUUUUAAUUGAAUCUUAUCAUUGGAAUAAAUCAAUACAAGGUGAUCCAAUGAAAUAUCUUGAAACAACUGGUACUAAUUCUAUAUCAUUAUUAUUAACAUUUAGUCGAUAUUGUUAUAAAUUAAUCAUUUAUGCACCAUUAGGUUAUGUUAUCACUAUUCUUGGACGUCAACGUUCAUCAAUUAAUAUCAAUAAUCAAUUCAUUAAAUCAUCUAAUAAAGAUAUUCAUCAAUCAAUCAAUAUAUUAUUUGAUGAUUAUGAUUAUAUAUUAUUAAAUGGGAUUACAAUCUGUCCAUUAUUAAUUAAAUAUUAUGCAAAUCAAUUAAUUGAUUGUAUGUAUAAUAUUGGACAAUCUAUAGAAAUAUUAGUACAUUUAACUGAGAUCUAUGUAUCUUACAUGACUACCAACACCAUCACCACCACCACCAACACCACCAACACCACCACAACUACCACCACUACCACUACUCAUAGUAACAAUAAUAAUAGUAGUAUUAUAAUAAAUAAUACAGAAUUGAAUGAAUUAGAAUUUAAAGAAAAAUUUACAAAUGCUAUAAACAAUUUAAUUACUAAAGAAAAUGAACUUAAACAAUUAUUAUCUAUAUGGCCUAAUCAAAAAAUAAUUAAACCAACUUUGUUGUUAAUACUACAACGUUUCACUGAAAAUUCUGGAACGUCCGAUAUGAAUUAUGUGGCGUAUAUUACAAACAGAUUUUAUUACAAUCAAUCCAUUUCGAGUAGUUUAUAG